AUGUCGCGUCAGACGGUUAUUGUUGACAAGAAAAAUGUGGUGCCUUUCAAGACAUCAACAAGUAUGAAAAAUAUCAAAAGUAUUAGCAAACUGAAGAGAACGCCAGUAGAUUUCCAAAUAUCAAGUGUGAAAACUGACAAAAGUUUAAGUCAGCAAACAAGAACACCAAUAAAUGUAUUACGCGACAAAACCAAUAAGACACUACUGAUUAAGACGUUCAAACUUGAUAAAGAAGGGAAUGAUACAGCAGUG